AUGAAUAUUCCAUCUAGUUGUCCAAAUAAUAAUCUCAUUCAAACAUCCCAUAAAAGAUGGAUAUAUGAUAAUAAUAAUCAUUAUUAUCAAACAACUCUAUCUCCAAUACAAUCCACUACAAGUUAUACUACUAAUCAGCAUAUGCCUAAUUCUAAACAAUAUAUUAAAUAUCCUAAUUAUAGAACUUAUCUCUCAUCUAGAUCAUUCCUUCUAGAUGAUCAUAAUGGAUAUGAUCAAAUGAAAUCAAACUAUCAUAACAACAAUCAUCGUUAUCCUCGUCAAAUCAAUAUGAAUAUUAAUGAUAAUCAAUAUGAUUCAGAACAAUCAAAACAAUCUAUGGAAUAUUUAAAUCAUUAUCAUUUAAAAAAUUUACCAUUUACUCCAACACAACGUAAAUUAUUAUUAACCAAAGAGGAUUGUUUAUUAUUACCACCAGGAGGUUGUGACAAUUGGAUAGAUCCUUCAACGAAUUUACAACGUUUAAAAACUUCUAAUUAUAAAGAAUAUUUAAAAUUAAAUCUUGGCUGUCCAAAGGAUAUUCCUGAAAUAUGUAAUGAAAUGUUUCCUACAUUAUAUACAAGAAGUAAAUGGAUUAAAUCUAAUUUUACUGUGUCUGCUAUAAUACGUAUAUCUGGUACAUUAUGGUGGUUUGGUAAAAAUGAUCAUUAUCAACCAUUAUUCCGUUUUCAUAUAUUAAAAACAUUCGAUUCUGAUAUACAUCCAUAUGAUGAAAAAAUGAUUUUAACUUAUUCAUGGCCAUUAAAAUGUAUUUGUAUAGAUGAAAUUAUAAUUGGUAAAAAAUAUUUAAUGUUAACACAUUCAUUUAAAUCAAGACAAACAUUACAUAUUACAAAGAAUACUGUAUUUCUAUCACGUGUAAGACGUUAUACAAGAAAAUUGGCGUGUUGGAAAGGUGCAUGCACUAUAAGAUCUAGUCGUAAUCGUAAACGAAGUUAUUAUAUACAAUCAAAUAAUAAACUACUAAAUCAUAAUGAUAGAAAAUUAAAAUAA